AUGUUGUUUGUUGCCUCAGAGGGCAAGUCGAGGCUAAUUGACUUGGAGACGAAGGCCGUACAGAGGACAUGCGCAACAACACACAUUGAAAGACGGGGACUGACGUACUGUGCGUCUUUAAAGACUGUUAUUGCGCACCAGUCGCGAGGUUGUACUUCCUUCUUUUCACCCCAUACACAGCAGCCAGUGCAAAGGAGCUUCACGAUGGAACCUAUCAUGUGCUCCGCAUGCACCGCUGACGGUGUAUUUCUUAUUGGUGGAACAGCAGAGGGAAAUAUAUACGUGUGGAACACACUCACGGGGCAGCUUUAUCAUCUUGUAAGGGCACAUAGACGCUGUGUCACGGAAAUCACCAUCUCUUCUGAUCAGUCCUUACUUGUUACAGCUUCUGAGGAUUCUGUGUGCAAGACCUGGUCACUAGUUAGCUUGGUGGCUCGGGGUUCCAAGACAGUGGCUCCAUGCUCCUUCUUCCAUGGGCACACCUUGGCGGUGAAUACCUGUUCCUUUAUGGAAAGCGGGUUUAUGGUUGUGACAGGGUCGGCCGAUCGUACCUGUCGCAUAUUUAAUGCCUUAACGGGCCAACAGCAACUUGUAAUUACUUUGGAUGACGCACCCACGACAGUACGUCCUUCACCGGGAGAUGAGAUGCUUCUUAUUGGCUCCGCGAAAGGAUCAUUGUUUUUUGUUGAUUUUUAUGGCAAUGCGUCGGAACAAAACCUCCCAAUUAGUCUGCAUGGGCGCAAUGAAAGUGUUAUAGAACGCAAAUCCUUUGGCGAUGGGCACAGUGGUGCUAUUCUGUUCAUUUGGUUUGAUCCAGCGCGGCUUGGAUACGCCAUUGUGGGAAGUGAAAACGGGGCUCUGCUGUGGUGGAGUAUCUCUACACAAGCGGUGCACAGCGAGGCAUUUCCCCGUUUUCCCGGUGGUGUGUUGAGCAUGUGUUAUGUUCCUAGAGACAGCUUGACGGCUGUCCUUUGGCCUUGCGUCGGCCUCAUGAAGCAUCCACUUGACCCGUCCACCACGGACUACAUCAUUUCCUCUCUGCCGUAUGAAGGCGCUGCCGCAGAGAAGAAGCCUGUGGCUGCGGGGCCACGACGUCGCUGUCGUGAGUCGGACGGGGGUGGUGAUUUUGGCGACCGGGAUACGAAGUUAAGAGCGGAGGAUAAAAAUGACAGCGACUGUUGUGUGAGCGCAAUUCGGCGUCAACGGGAGAAGAAUGACGAGUUGGAGUCUCUUCGGGAUCAACUAAAGGUAAAGCUGCAGAUGCUGACGCUCUUACGAGGAAAUGGGAGAGGGAGAGGAAGGUCCAAGAUUGAGCAUAAUAGUUUUUUUUAA